AUCUACCCCAUAGUCAGUCCGAAGGUUACCGCGUAAGCUCGCGGGUGAAUGCGACAUUUGCGUUAGCCGUGCGCUCUCGCCGUCGCCGUCGCCGUCGCCGUCGCCGUCGCCGUCGUCAAUGCUGUCACGGUUGUUUUAUAUAUUACGUAUAACGUGACUAUACGCGUCGUACAUACAUACAUACCGUGCGUGUGAUGUAUACGCUAAUAAUCGCAAGGGCGCGCGCGCGCUAUUCGCCCGUGAACAUUUCGCUGUUCACACACUAACGUAAAACUCGUGCGAGUGGCCGUUUUCGGUUUUGCGGAAGAAAUUCUAGUGUGACCGAGGGAGUGAGACGAAGUGGAGCAGAGUGCAGCAGCAGAAGGAAGCGGGGCGGCGAAUCGCCGAGCUACGGAGAAACGACACGUCUGUCUACUCUCGAUGGUGAUGGCAACUUGUGCAUGCUGAGACGACAAUGAAACGCUGAAGGACUUCCACUCGUGAAAGUGGAUGAAGAGGGCCGAGCAUGAGGAUGACUGUUUGUAAGAGUUGAAGAGGAAAAUAUACACAACGAAUAGCAACAGCCUGCUUCAUCCACUGCGACCAGCCACAUAUCUCACAUUAAGAUGACAUAGAAUGGGUUGGGUGGCGCUAGGGCGGUGUGCGGGUGGUGGCGGCCGCCUCUCGUCCAUCCUCUCGCUUUCACUCACUUCCCUCGCAAGCUCCCUCAUCUUCACCUCCCUUUGUAUCCUCACGCUUGCCUUUACUCUUGUCACCCUCGCGCGUGCCGAGGACAUUUUCGAGGAAGGCAAGUCGGACAAGGAGAUCCUGGACGACCUGCUGCUGUCGAAGCGUUACGACAAGCGGCUUCUGCCCCCGGUCCAAGAUGCUGGUUUCUGCUGUGGAAUGAGAUGGCCUGGUGACACUACCGGCUUGACAAACCGGUCAUCGACCUUCUCUAACGACCCCAAGAACCUGAACAAUAACCACUACACGCCGCACCAAUACCUCCGCACUCACCUUCGCGGAACCUUGACUGUAAACGUGAGCGUUUUGCUGUUAAGUUUGGCUUCUCCCGACGAAUCCAGUCUGAAAUACGAGGUGGAAUUUCUGCUGCAGCAACAGUGGUACGAUCCACGAUUGCGUUAUAGCAAUAGAUCCAAAUAUGAGUUUUUAAAUGCGAUUCAUCAUUACGAGGAUAUUUGGUUACCGGAUACUUAUUUCAUAAUGCAUGGAGAUUUCAAGGAUCCCAUCAUCCCCGUUCACUUUGCCUUGCGGAUAUAUCGUAACGGCACCGUCAACUACCUUAUGCGGCGUCACCUUAUCCUAUCCUGCCAGGGUAGACUUAAUAUCUUCCCCUUUGACGACCCAUUGUGUUCAUUCGCGAUUGAAAGCAUAUCGUACGAGCAGACAGCAAUUACGUAUGUGUGGAAGAACGACGAGGGUACGUUGCGAAAAAGCCCGAGUCUAACAUCACUAAACGCGUAUCUCAUUAAGAAUCAGACAAUCACAUGUCCGAUCAAAGUGAGCUGGCGAGCUGACGGACAGAUCAUGGUCGACUACGAGGACCAGUUCGAUGAAUUUGGAGACUCUAAGUGCUCGCUGUGCCAGCGCAGGUUUGAGGAGCAAGGUAAUUACAGCUGCUUGAAAGUGGAUUUGAUCUUCACACGGGAUCGCGCCUUCUACUUCACUACAGUUUUCAUCCCCGGCAUUAUUCUGGUAACCAGCUCCUUCAUUACAUUUUGGCUCGAGUGGAAUGCCGUGCCGGCACGAGUGAUGAUCGGUGUAACAACUAUGCUCAACUUUUUCACCACGUCGACUGGCUUCCGGGGAACGCUGCCCGUCGUUUCGAACUUGACUGCCAUGAACGUGUGGGACGGCGUAUGCAUGUGUUUCAUCUACGCGAGUCUGCUCGAGUUCGUCUGCGUGAAUUACGUCGGUCGCAAACGGCCGAUGCACAACGUUGUCUAUCGUCCGGGCGAGAACCCCGUUACCCAGCGGCUCCCAGCGGUGCUCAGCAGGAUAGGGAUUAUAUUGGCCAGCCCCUUGAAGCGGGAAGGUGGAGCUACCACCGGAGGUGCUACUGGACCCAACGAGAUCGUUACCUGUACUAACUGCGGACCUAACCCCUGCACGCACACAGCAACAAACGGUUGCACCGCCGAGCUAAGAAAAAAAGAACCGCCACAUCCGAUUAGAGUUGCGAAGACGAUCGACGUGAUAGCCAGGAUUACUUUCCCAGUCGCCUAUUUCGUGUUCCUCACUUUCUUCUUCGUUCACUAUAAAGGCAUCUCGUAGAGUGGCGCACAACGAUCCUUGAGAGAUCUCAUCGCUGAUGUGAGCGACAACGAAGCCUCUCGACAGGCAAUAACGAUGCUCGGUUGCGUGGGUCGGAUCUACGGUGGGUUCGAGCUUUUCCCCAAGACUGAAGAUAUCGUCUCGAAGAGACACAAAGGCAAGGACGCUAAUAAUCGCGAGAACUCGCAUCACGUUCGUAUCUAUAUGGUAAACGCAGAAAGGACAACGCGUGGCUAAAACACAAAUUACGAAGUCGGGAUUUCUGACAGGAGUUGCGAGUUUCUUGACCGCCAAUCUUACAAGUGAAGUCAAAUGGAUUACUUAAAAUGAACAAGCGGGACACUUGAAGUAUGAGGAUCUUCCCGACGAGAGGAAGAGUUAAGCAGUAAUUCGAGAAUACGGGUCGGGGGACAUGAUGUAAGAGAAAGUGUGAACUCACGGUGGAUUCGUCUACGACUUCUUCAUCUUCUCUCACGUGUGAUAGCUCUUGAAAGCACUCUUACCAAACAAGUAGAUUCGCGAUCGCUCGACCAUGUACAGCCACGUACAUACACUUUCCUCCAUUUCUUUUUUCUUUCUUACAUUGAGUAGGUAGGAAGAUAGAUAUAGAUAGAGUAUGUAGAUAAUUAUAAGUAGGUAGAUUGAUAUACAUAAGUAGGAUGCUGCAAGCGAAGCUCGGCCAAGCAGAGAAUGAUGCUUAGCUUAUGAUGAUCAAACGUACUAAUGUAAGACAUUGUACCUCACUAUGCAGCAUGGUCAACAGAAAUGUCGUUCGUGCACGCCGCUAAUUCGUGAUCCGCGUUCUGUCGGUAUUGAUCCUUGGACUCAUUGUGCCGCACUUAAUUCGUCGAAGGUCGCCAAGAGACAUACGAUAGAAAAGCACUUGUAUAAUCGCGCCGCUUGUAUAAUUGGAGAUUAGAUACAACGAGCGAAUUUGUCGUCGGAUGUAAAACGAUUCGUAAGAAGAAAGAAAGGAGCAGCUAUGAAAUGUUUCGUGGUAACGCGUCUCUUUUCUGUGUCGUAAAGAACGUUUAGGGAAAAACGGAGACACUACGAGAACAAUCGAAACGAACCAUUUCGAUGCGUUCGGGACAACUGAAUGUGAAGCUUUCGUUAUAACGCAUCUACGAGUAGCUCCAUUUCUACAUGAGAUAUUCUGUAUUUGGAUACUUGAAUAGGUAUCGAUAUACAACAUCAGGGAAGUAAAAAGUCCAUCCCUUCCAGUCGGUAUAAACAUUUAUCACGACGCUGUAAGUCAAAGAAAAGAGAAAUUGCUGCCAUUAGCAUAAUGAAGUGAUGGAAUGUAAAAUGUUGCGAAUACCUUCCUCUUUUCUCUUAAAUAGAAAAGAAAACGAAAGAGAGAAGGGGAGAGAGAGGGGGGACGA